GCUUAAAAAAACUGCAGCGGCUGCUUGACAUAACCUGUUUGAAAACCUUCCUGGUGUUUAUCACGUCAUGACUGCGUUUAGGUGUUGUUUCAAGUGGUAAUUGUUGCCGCUGGCAAAAUGAUAAAAGAACUCGGUGCGAAAGCUACAGGUGUUUUUGAUGAAGGGGGGACUGGUUAAUUUUACGACUACCUCCAAACUUGGAAACUCGAGUGUUGUUGACCCAUUUUAUUCCCCACAGGCUGUGUUCCAAUGGGAUAUUCUGAUCCACCGCCUGACUAUUAAUCCACCUCCCUGGUGAUAACUUAUGACCUCACACCCCUUUGUCCAGUGGUUUCAGUGAUAUGGGAGAGCAGUGGACAACUGAGUCAUCUAUGGAAAACUAUGAGAUCUCCAGCAUAUCACAUGUGACGAUGUCCCCCUCAAGACAGAACAACCUUGUGUUGUCGUACUCUUUUCCCUUGUCCAAAAGCUCUUAUAGUGUCAUAAGUGCCUUUUGCACCGACAAUAAUAUUCCUCAAUGCAUUUCAUACAUCAAUCAGGAGCUUUCCUCACUGGGCCUCUCCACAUGUAUUGAAGCCGGUUCACCAGGGGGAAGCAGCCUGAAAGUAGUGCCAGCUCUAAAUACCAUGUAUGAAUUGCUUCAGAUUCACAGACGAAGUAUGUGUCAUUUAGAGGAGCUGGAAAAGGAACAGCUGAAGAAAUCCAGCACGAUGGAGCAUAUGCAGAUGAGCAAUUCCAGACUUAAGGACCAGUUGGAAUUGUCCAUAAGAGAGAAGUCGGGUCUACAUGAGACAGAGAGGCAGCUGCAACUCAAAAUCAAGACGUUGCAGAGCUGUUUAAAAACCGAAAAAGAUGAGGUUCAAAAACUCCAGAGUGUCAUUGCCAGCCGUGCCUCUCAAUACAGUCAUGAUGCCAAGAGAAAAGAAAGGGAAUCUGCAAAGCUGAAGGAACGCCUCAGUCAGCUACUGGUUGAUAGAAAGGAUAAAAAACUAGCCAUUGAUGUUCUGAAUUGCUUGGGACGGUCGGACGGAAAAAGGAGCCACUGGAGGACUGCAAAAGCAACAGCCAGCCACGAGGGAGAGAUGUACAAAUCUUUGCUCAGUGACUAUGAGGCAAGUCAGAGGUCCCUGAUGUUGGAGAACGCUGAGCUUAAGAAAGUCCUCCAGCAGAUGAAGAAGGAGAUGAUGCAUAUUCUGAGUCCACGCCAGCCAUCUGCCAGAGGAGCCACUGCUGAUGACGGUCAGGAACAGGGUGACUCAGAUGGAGAGGAGAAGACUGGAGAAACUAGCAGGGAAACUUUGGACCAAUCCUGUGAGCAUGCCAGGGAACAACUUGCCAACAGCAUCCGCCAGCAGUGGAGGAAACUGAGGAGCCAUGUGGAGAAAUUGGAUAACCAAGCCUCUCAAGUGCAGAAUCAGUCCAACAAAGAGGUGAUACCCUUGGAAACUCAUGAGGAUGAAAUGGACAGGAUGCGGUGUGAAGUUCAACAGUGCAAAGAGUUCAUUCAUGCACAACAAGUUCUCCUCCAACAACAGCUCAACACAUCGUUUGAUGAUGAGACAGCAGCUCUUCUUAAUGACUGCUACACACUGGAGGAGAAGGAGCGUCUCAAAGAGGAGUGGAGGCUCUUUGAGGAGCAGAAGAAGAACUUUGAGAGGGAGAGAAAGAACUUCACAGAAGCUGCUAUUCGCCUGGGACGAGAGAAAAUGGCCUUUGAGGAAGACCGGGCUGCUUGGCUUAAGAACCAAUUUUUGAACAUGACUCCCUUUGCAGACCGUAGAUGUUCCUCAUCAGAUGGUCAAAGUGCCUUAUCAAUUAGAAGUGAACCAGAGAUGAGAAUGUCUUCAGUGAAAGCUCAGCUGGCCAAAUCAUCAGCAUACACUACAUUCUCCACUCCUAAACAUUCACAAAGUGCUGCUACACCACCAUCCACAACUGAACUUUAUAGGACACUCCAACUGAUACCAGACAGCAGACAUUCAAAUCGCGGACGAUGGCAGGAGUCUAGCACCAUUACAAAUGGAGACACUCGGGCCAAGUCAAAAAAUAGAGUUUGCAGUGGUGACUUGAGAAUUUUUUCAUUGGAUGGAGAUCAGAACAGUCUAACUUAGAGAACAUCUAGUGCCUUUUUUAUGGUUUUCUUGUUUU